AUGCUUCAAGGAAAAUACUAUCAUGCUGAACAUUUUAUAUGCUCAGAGACCAGUUGCCGCCGAAAUCUUCGUGGGGUUGUAUGCUUUGAAAGAGACAAUGAGCUGUUUUGCAAACAACACUAUCAUGAAAAAUUUAGCCCUCAGUGUGCAUAUUGCAAAGAGCCCAUUCAAGAUAACAGAAUCAUCGAGGCAUUAAACCAGACGUUUCACCGUGCACAUUUCUUUUGUUCUCAUUGCGGCAAAAACUUUGAAGCAGAUGAUACAUUUCAGGAAUAUGAAGGCAAAGCAUAUUGCGAAGAUGAUUUUAUAAUGUUGUUUGCCAAAAAAUGUGCAUUAUGCCAAGAGCCUAUUCUUGGUGAAAUCAUCAGUGCACUGACAAGACAAUGGCACACACAUUGCUUCGUAUGUUCUGAAGAAUCGUGCAACAUUGUACUUGGUGCGGAAGGAUUUUACGAUUAUGGUGGCAAACCAUUCUGUGAGUUUCAUUACUAUCAAAAAGGAUCGAAUAUCUGUAAUGUUUGUACCAAGCCUAUUAUUGGGAGAUGUGUGGUGAUUGGAGAUCGAAAGUACCAUCCUAUGCAUUUUACGUGUGGAUUUUGUCAGACUAAUCUUGACGGUCAAGGAUAUAAGCAGCGUAAUGGAAAGCCGUAUUGUGGAAAUUGCUACAUGAAGUUGUUUUGCUAA